UACGCCAGCUUGAUGCUAGUCCGCUAACUUCAGUGUGGCCAGCCAACCGAAGCAUGAGGUCCGCGUUGUGUCCAUUUUAUCUCUUUGGCUUUAAACGGUGAACAUGUCACCUCGAGAGUGAAGGAACGGUCGGUAUUUUUGGGGGGUGGGGGGUUUCGAUUUCAGUCUGUAUGAAACGGAAACGCUUCCGUUCGAGAACGACGAAGUGCUCCGUCCGUCUCCCUCACCUCCUCCGCUAGCGUCCUGUGACGGCUUCUGCCUAGGAUGUGAUUGUGAAUAACCGCCGUCGAGGGGAGUUAUAAUUGACAUUAUCGCAGCUGAAUGGCCGUAGCACCGGCCUGUCACUGUUUGUUUCACGCCCGCCUGCUCUUGCUCCGGUAGCCGUUUGAGUUCAGCGACGGGAGGGACGUUUUGCUGGCGGAUUGAGGGAAGAGACCGCAUCCGCAGCACUUUAGUUCAACGUCUGAAAAACAAGAUGUCUUUCUUCAAUUUUCGGAAGAUAUUCAAGCUGGGACCGGAUAAGAAGAAGAAGCAGUACGAACAUGUACACAGAGACGUGAACCCGGAGGAAAUUUGGGAAAUAAUCGGUGAGCUGGGAGAUGGCGCUUUUGGGAAAGUGUACAAGGCUCAAAACAAGCAGAACGGGACCCUUGCCGCUGCUAAGGUGAUUGACACAAAGACGGAAGAUGAAUUGGAGGAUUACAUGGUGGAGAUUGACAUUCUGGCCUCCUGCAACCACCACCACAUUGUCAAACUGCUAGAUGCUUUCUACUUUGAAGGCAAACUUUGGAUUCUGAUUGAGUUCUGUGCUGGCGGUGCGGUCGAUGCCAUCAUGCUGGAACUCGAGAGACCCCUGACUGAGCCCCAGAUCCGGGUGGUGUGUAAGCAGACUCUGGAUGCCUUGACGUACCUUCAUGAGACCAAGGUCAUCCACAGAGACCUGAAAGCUGGAAACAUCCUCCUCUCCCUGGACGGAGAAGUAAAACUCGCUGAUUUCGGUGUGUCGGCUAAAAAUACCAACACAUUACAGAGAAGAGAUUCUUUCAUCGGCACUCCGUAUUGGAUGGCUCCGGAGGUUGUGAUGUGUGAAACUUCCAAAGAUCGUCCGUAUGACUACAAGGCCGAUAUCUGGUCCCUGGGGGUGACCCUCAUAGAGCUGGCACAGAUCGAGCCGCCCAACCACGAGAUGAAUCCCAUGAGGGUGCUGCUGAAAAUAGCCAAAUCUGAACCGCCCACUCUGAUGCACCCCUCUCGCUGGUCGCCAGAAUUCAAUGACUUCCUGCGAAGAGCGCUGGACAAAAAUGUGGACAAUAGGUGGAAUUCAACACAGCUACUGCAGCAUCCUUUUGUGACCAGCGUGACUGACAGCAGACCUCUUAGAGAGCUCAUAGCCGAAGCCAAAGCUGAGGUCACAGAAGAGAUUGAAGAUGGCAAAGAAGAGGAAGAGGAGGAGGAACCUGAUACUCCUGCGGCAGUUCCUGGGCACAAAAGAGCACCAUCAGAUGUCAGCAUGGCCAGUUCAGAGGAAGAAAAAGUCCCACCUACUCCAUCCAACCUGGAAUCUGUUACAGAAAAAAUUGAAGCUGAGCCUGUGGAAGACCGGAGCAGCGAUAAGCUCUCGGACGAAGGACUCGGAACAAGUGAAGUGGACAAAAUGGAGGACGAGAAGCUCAAUGAAGUUUCUGCCAGUAACGAGGAUCUGACCCCUGCACCAACAGAGACGAGCAGAGACCUGACUUCACAGGAUUCUGCAAAGGUUCAACUAGAUGUUGAUCAAACUGAAGAGAUCUCCGGUGAGGCGGCAGUGUCAAAGCCAGAUGAAGCUGUGGAUUCCCAAAAACCUCCCUCAGAAGUUGAAGAAGCUGAGGAACCGAAGGAGACAUCGGAGAAAAUGGACAUAGAGGAGGAUACUACCCAAGACAAAAUGAAGCUAGAUGAAGAUAAACAGCAGGCAGGUGAAGGCGGUGCUGCAGAUUCAGUUGAAUCACAAGAAAUCCCUGAAGGUACAACAGCAGAUGAAGUAGCAGUGGGUGAGGAAGAAAGCAAAGAUUUAAAGAAGGAGAUCGCCGAACACAUGACAGUGACAGAAGACCGAAUCAAAAACAUCACCGAUGAGACUGUUGAAAAUGUUGAUACCAAUAAUUCACAGUCAAAUUUAAUAGACACAAAAAUAAAUGGAGACAUAGACAUCAAGUCUAGUGUAGAGGAGUCUCCCACUGAGGCUGUUUUAGAAAACAGAAGCACAGAAAAUCAGUCAGAGGAGACAAAAGACGAAGUCCCCAAAGAGUCCGAGCUGCCAAAACAAAAAAAUGAGAGCAAAGUGGAGGAAGAACUCGAGGAACAAGCACCAAGUGAAUCUAAUCAAAUCAGCGAUGACGUCAAAGUCACAUCAGUAGUUUCUGAACAUGGAGUUAUCUCUCAGGAUGUCUCGGUUAAGGAAGAUGGAGAAAAGGGUACUCAGGCAGAUGAGGUCACCUCACAAGACGGCGUCUCUGUCCAGGAGAGUGAAACCGACUCAGAAAGCAGGAUAGAGCACGGAAGCCCUGCUGUGGCCAAGUCAGAUGUGGAGAAGGACUCUGACUCAGGGAGCAGCUCUGCUGCCGAUAGCAACAGCCUCGACCUUAAUCUGUCCAUCUCCAGCUUCCUGUCCAAGAGCAAAGAGGGAGGCUCUAUAUCUAUGCAGGAGUCAAAACGUCAGAAGAAGACUCUGAAGAAGACCCGGAAGUUCAUGGUAGAUGGUGUGGAGGUCAGCGUGACAACAUCAAAGAUAGUGACGGAUAAUGAUGCCAAAAGUGAGGAGAUGAGGUUCCUGAGGCGGCAGGAGCUGAGAGAGCUUCGCCUCCUUCAGAAAGAGGAGCAAAGGGCCCAGCAGGAGCUGAGUAACAAGCUGCAGCAGCAGAGAGAACAAAUCUACCGGCGCUUUGAACAGGAAACUACUGCAAAGAAACGUCAGUAUGACCAAGAGGUGGAGAACCUUGAGAAGAAGCAGAAGCAGACGAUAGAGCGACUGGAACAGGAUCACACCAGCCGGCUUCGAGAUGAAGCCAAGCGCAUCAAAGCGGACCAGGACAAAGAGCUGUCCAAGUUCCAGAACAUGCUGAAGAACAGGAAGAAGGAGGCCGUUCAGGAGGUCGGACAGUCACCCAAACACAUGAGAAAAGAGCUCAUGAAACGCUUAAAAGAGGACCUGGCACUCCUCCAGACUGCAGAGGCAGUGGCCCAGGUUAUGAUACAGUCUUUUCAGUUAUCCUCAUGCGCACUCUUCAACGCUCAGAUGCAGGAUGAGCAGGAGUUCCUGCAGAAGCAGCAGCAGGAGCUGGACGGCGCUCUGAAGAAAAUCAUCCAGCAGCACAAACUAGAAAUAGCCACCAUCGAGAGAGACUGCCUCAACCACAAACAGCAGCUGCUGAGAGCACGAGAGGCAGCAAUGUGGGAGCUGGAGGAGCGCCACCUGCAGGAGAAGCACCAGCUGCUCAAGCAGCAGCUGAAAGACCAGUACUUCAUGCAGAGACAUCAGCUGCUGAAGCGGCAUGAAAAAGAAAUGGAGCAGAUGCAGCGCUACAACCAGCGGUUGAUAGAGGAGCUGAAGAACAAACAGAAUCAAGAGAGGGUCCGCCUGCCCAAAAUCCAACGCAGCGACGCAAAGACUCGCAUGGCCAUGUUCAAGAAGAGCCUCCGCAUCACCGUCGCCGCGGCCAUGACGCCAGACCAAGAGAGGGAACGCAUAAAGCAGUUUGCCGCGCAGGAGGAGAAGAGGCAGAAGAGCGAGAGGCUCAAUCAGCACCAGAAACACGAGAACCAGAUGAGGGAUCUGCAGCUGCAGUGCGACUCCAACAUCCGCGAGCUGCAGCAGCUGCAGAACGAGAAAUGCCACCUGCUUAUUGAACACGAGACCCAAAAGCUGAAGGAGCUGGAUGAAGAGCACAGCCAGGAGAUAAAAGACUGGAGAGAGAAGCUGAGACCUAGGAAGAAGGCGCUAGAGGAGGAAUUCACGCGGAAGCUCCAGGAGCAGGAAGUUUUCUUCAAGAUGAGCGGGGAAUCCGAAUGCCUUAACCCCACCACCCAAAGCCGGGUGUCCAAAUUCUACCCCAUCCCAAACCUGCAGAACUCAGGUUUAUAGCCUCGUGUUUAUGUUCCUCAAAUUGAACUCCAGUCAAACUUUUAUCUCCCGCCCACCCCGUAUCCCUGAUGGGAGUUUUUUUUUGUUGUUGUUCUUUUUGUCUCUGAUAAACAUCGAAAUGUAAUUUGUGCUUUGAUUCUACAGUCAGUGAGCUUGAUGUGCCUACACAACGUUCUCUCACUUAAAAGCAUUUUCUCAGCCUGCUGGGAAAUAUCUAAGUAAUAUGCACUUUUUUGAGCAUGAGAAGACUUCCAAGGUUUGCGGUUGUUAGCUAAGAUCAGCCAUGCUUGUCAGAAUAUUAUAAGCACAGCCUGCAACAGCAUAAAUAAUCUCCAGUGCCUCACACACACACACACACACACCCCCACACACCCCCUCCACACCCCAUUUCUGACAUUUUUACCACUCGCAGUAAAUAAAUGAAACCCUUGGAUGUUUUGCACUUAAAGCGAUUGUCCCUGUUGCAUUUCACAUUAGCUGGUGAUCAAAUCCAUUUGGGGAAAAAAAAAAAUCUGUGGCUGCACGUAAAGUAGAUCUGGGAGUAGAAAAGAGGAGUGUAUUUACUGUGCAUACUGGAUCUAAUGUUAUCAUAGGGCAUAAAAAAAAAAAUUGUCAUAAAGCUGUAUCCAAAAAACUAGAACGUACCGUUUUCGUGUGACUACAGAAUAAUCAAGAAGUGUGCUUACCAACAGCAUUUCUGUCUCCUCCAGAGACAAAUUGAUGUAUUUAUUUAUGACAUACUGUUACUCUCCCUCGCCCCAAAGUGCUGUAAACACCGUCAUCCUGUUCAAAGAAUAGAAAUAAGGUCACUUAUUUGGAGCAGCGUUCGCACAAACAAUGGUUUGUUGUAAAGUUUGAAUUGUAAAGGAAUGUAACUGCACUGGUUCGCCACUUGAGUUAAAGAAUAUUCAUGAAGGUUCAGAGACUUGAUCCUUUGCCUCACAGAAGCCUAUCGAAACUCCAGAUGACUGUAAUGUUUCAGAGUUUUUCCUGUUUAAUUAUUGCGCUCGGUUUUAUUUUUAUUUUCUUGCAUCGUUUUAGUUUCUCUACCUUGAUGCUGCCGUUGCUUAUCAGAGUACCCGUUACUGUAUGGAUGUCAGCAUCUGAAGCUUUCAGCUGUAUGUUACAUCAUCAUAUUCAUUUGUUGCUGCUCUGUGGUAUAUUUUCUAUAAGAUGACUUGAACAUCAGUUUUUUAUGAAUGCUGGAUUUUUCUUAGAUUUCUUUUUUUUCUUCUUUACAUUUUUCUUUUCAGUUGCAUCGUUUUCAAGCGUCACUCUCCCAUCAUGAAUAUUCCUAUAAUAUGCAUUUUUUGAUGUCAGAUCUAAUGUAUUUAAUGCAUCUUUAUAAAAUGCCCAUUUUCUUUUCUUGUAAAUAAAACCCUGACUGUUUAUUUUAA